CCGCAGUGGGGCGCGGGUCACGUGUGAGGAGGGGCGAAAGUCUCGCAAAGCCGGGCGGCGUGCCGCGAGUUGGGAGUUCUCGGCGCGCCGCGGGCGGCGGGAGCUCGGGCUCCCGGGCAAGCCGGGGACGCGGCAGAGGCGGGGGCCUGGGUCCGAGACCGCGGGGGCCGCACCGAGAGUGGGAGGGAGGGAGAGAGACAGAGGCAGGGACCGGAGCGAGACAGAGACGCGCAGGGGAGAGACAGGGCAGGGGUAGAGGAAGGCAGGGGACAGACUGGGAAGGCGACGGAGACGAAGACAGGGACCCGCAGGGAGAGACCGAGAGACCGACUGGGGCAGGGGAGACCGGGAGAAACAGAGAGCCGAGGGCGCGGCGGGGGAGGUGGCGGCAGAGCCGGGGCUGGCCGGCCGCGGGGGUCUCGGGGCCAGAGGCGAGCGCAGCGGGGCAGGGAGUGGAGCGCAGGGCGGGGGACAGCGCGGAGUGACAGCGAGAGAACAGUGGGGGCGGCGGAGGGAAGGAGCCUGCGGCGGGGGCGGGGGGCGCCAGCGCCAUGGGUCCCCGGACCCUCGCGCUCUGAGCCCCGGCCCGGGGCCCGACGAUGCUGAAGCCGAGGCGGCGCCGAGGGCGCGGCGCGGGGCAGCGCUGAAAGUUGGGCGGCCCGCGGGGAGCGGCGCGGGACGGCCCGGAGACCGCGAGACCCGGGGACCGACGGACAGACCCACAGGCAGCCGGGGAGGGGGGGCGGGGCCGGCCCACCGAGUUCGCGGGGAGUGGGCGCCGGGACACCCUUCUCCCCGCCCGGGACGCCGCCCGCCCGACUGCGCCUGGGAUGUAGCGCCCGUUCGCCGCCUCCCGGAGACUCUUCGGACCCUGCGCCCCGCGGCCCUGCGUCUUCCCAGGUGACCACGCCGGCUUCAGGACAUGCACGGGCACAGCCGCAACGGGCAGGCCCACGUGCCCCGGCGGAAACGCCGCAACCGCUUCGUCAAGAAGAACGGCCAAUGCAACGUCUACUUCGCCAACCUGAGCAACAAGUCGCAGCGCUACAUGGCGGACAUCUUCACCACCUGCGUGGACACACGCUGGCGCUACAUGCUGAUGAUCUUUUCCGCGGCCUUCCUUGUCUCCUGGCUCUUUUUCGGCCUCCUCUUCUGGUGCAUCGCCUUCUUCCACGGUGACCUGGAGGCCGGCCCGGCGGGGGCCGCGGCGGGGGCCCCGGUGGCGGGAGGCGGCGGGGCGGCCCCGGCGGCCGCCAAGCCCUGCAUCAUGCAUGUGAACGGCUUCCUGGGUGCCUUCCUGUUCUCCGUGGAGACGCAGACUACCAUCGGCUAUGGGUUCCGAUGCGUGACGGAGGAGUGCCCGCUGGCGGUCAUCGCCGUGGUGGUCCAGUCCAUCGUGGGCUGCGUCAUCGACUCCUUCAUGAUCGGCACCAUCAUGGCCAAGAUGGCCCGGCCCAAGAAGCGGGCGCAGACGCUGCUGUUCAGCCACCACGCGGUCAUCUCGGUGCGCGACGGCAAGCUCUGCCUGAUGUGGCGCGUGGGCAACCUGCGCAAGAGCCACAUUGUGGAGGCCCACGUGCGGGCCCAGCUCAUCAAGCCCUACAUGACCCAGGAGGGCGAGUACCUGCCGCUGGACCAGCGGGACCUCAACGUGGGCUACGACAUCGGCCUGGACCGCAUCUUCCUGGUGUCGCCCAUCAUCAUCGUCCACGAGAUCGACGAGGACAGCCCGCUCUACGGCAUGGGCAAGGAGGAGCUGGAGUCGGAGGACUUUGAGAUCGUGGUCAUCCUGGAGGGCAUGGUGGAGGCCACGGCCAUGACCACCCAGGCCCGCAGCUCCUACCUGGCCAGCGAGAUCCUAUGGGGUCACCGCUUCGAGCCCGUGGUCUUUGAGGAGAAGAGCCACUACAAGGUGGACUACUCGCGCUUCCACAAGACCUACGAGGUGGCCGGCACGCCCUGCUGCUCCGCCCGGGAGCUGCAGGAGAGUAAGAUCACCGUGCUGCCCGCCCCACCGCCCCCGCCCAGUGCCUUCUGCUAUGAGAACGAGCUGGCCCUCAUGAGCCAGGAGGAAGAGGAGAUGGAGGAGGAGGCCGCGGCCGCUGCCGCCGUGGCCGCGGGCCUGGGCCUGGAGGCAGGCUCCAAGGAGGAGGCGGGCAUCAUCCGGAUGCUGGAGUUUGGCAGCCACCUGGAUCUGGAGCGCAUGCAAGCCACCCUCCCGCUGGACAACAUCUCCUACCGCAGGGAGUCCGCCAUCUGACCUCCAGGCCCGCCCUCUCGCUUCCCACCAGAGCCUCUUCCGGGGGUGGGCUGCCAGCACCCUCCACCGCACUCAGGACACAGUGGCUCACCCUGGCUCCAUGGACCUUCCGGAGAGAGCUGGGGGCUUCAGAGACUGGGAGGCCCCUUCCUACUGACUCCAGAACCCAGGCCUGGGAAAGGGCCAGGAUACCCUCGGUCUGGUCAGCCUGGGUUCUCCAGCACCUACCCACUGGCGGCUCAGGAACCCCAGACCCACCACCCUUUCCCCACCGACCCUUCAAGGACAUUCCCCCUUUGCUCUCAGAACCUUGGGGAAGGCGGCUGGACUGUCGGGGGGUGGGCAUCUGGGGGUUCCGGGGUGGGCCGGUGGUUAGUUUGAGGGGGUGGGAGGGGUGUGCGUUUCUUUUGCAUGACUGUGGUCUGUUGCUCAUGACUUUCUUUCGUAAAUAUCUAUAAAUGGAGAGAUGGAGGCACCACAUCCACCUUCUGCCAUUUGUACCUGCAGGGCGAGGAGGUGCAGCCCUCGCACUCCGCACCCCUCAAGCCCAACGUCCCCCUGCCCAGCUGGCUGGUCCCCUGAGACCCUCAGAGCCAGCUCUCUUGGCCCGUGGAUAGUACUGGGUUUGGGUGCAGAAGUGGGACCUCAAGGAGCAGGGUAAGGGCCAUCCCUCCCUGUGGGCCCUCUGGGCCUGCAGGCCCAGCCCAGGUUGACAAUGGAGUUUGUAACUAUAUAUUUUUAAUAAAGUAUAUGGUCCAUUAGCGGUAGGCUGAUUGAAGAUGGAGGGUUGGGAAGGAGAGAUAGAGGGAAACGGAGAGAGAGAGAGAGACCAACAUGUUGCGUGUCUGUGUGUGGUACGUAUGUGUGUAUUGUGAGUAUGGGAUGUGUUUGUGUGUGUGGUAGGUUUGUGUGUAUUGUGUAUGUGUCUGUGCCCCUGAGAGACUGACCCUUGGAGGGAACUUCAUCACCUGCUGGUCUCCUUCCUGGGAGCCAGUGGGAAGGAUCCUAAGUGGCCCUAAGAGGUGUGAGUGGGUUUGAGUCAGAGCUUUGCUAUUAACAAGCUAUGUGGCUGUCAGCAAGUUGCCCAUCAGCUCUUGGUCUCAGCUUCACUAUCUUUAGAAUGGGAUGAACCAUAUCUUCUUCCUAAGUGAUGAUGGGCAGGGGAAGCCUGUGUGGACGGCAGCCAACCCUUUAUGACUCAGGGAGAAGUGGGAAGAGCCUGCUUGGUUUGCACCCCACAUAGCCACCCCCACCAGGCUGUGCUGAUUAACUGGGCUGCAGGACGCUGUGGUGGGAAGGGCUCUAGGGGGCAGCGGGGAAACCUGGUCAUAGUCGGACCUGGUCUCUGCCUCACUGUGGGACCUUGGGUGAGUCCCUUCCCCGCCCCGGGCUUCAGUUAGCCUGUGCUGUGUAACAGGCCACCCUCAACUUAGACAACAACGGUUUAUUCUUUCUGCGGUGCUGUAGCAGGGCUGGUUUCCCUGGGCUCACUCCAGCAGCCCUGCUCAGCGGGGAGAUCAGACAGGCUGUAAGAUCCAUGAGGGCCUCACUCAUGGGUUGGGCAGUAGGUCUCACUGUUGGCCUGGGGGUGGGGGUGGGGGGCACGGGGGGCCCCGGUUCUCCUCCAGUGGCCUCUCUUCCUCCAGUUGGCUCUACCAGAUCCCUUCCUGGCGCCUAAGAGGGUCAAGGCAGAAGCUGCAAAGUCUCUGGAGCCCAGCCCUGAACUUGUAUAACAUCACUUCCAUUGCAUUUUAUUGGCUAAUCCCAGUCACGAUUCAAGGGGCGGGAAAUUGACUCCACUCCCUGGGAGCAUGGUCACGUCCCAUUGCAAAGGGUGUGCACACCCGGUGGAACUGUGGCCAUGAUCGCUCACCUAGCACAGAACUUUCGAGUUUGAGGGUUCCUUCCAGCUCUAAGUCUAUUUUACAGGCCAACUGUGUACCCAGCAUUUGGAGUAUGAGGAAGCAGAGGGCACCCUCCCUGCUCCCAGGAAUCUUCUAGUAAAGGUGCCAGCUCUCUCAGGAAACACAGGGAACCAGGAGGCAGGCUCACCUGCUGUGAAGCGCUGUUGGCUGCUUGUGAACGACCACAUUUCAUCAGGCAACAUUUGGCCAUUUGGGUAAAUCACGGUGCAUUCCACAUGCCUUAACAGUUUAAUAGGAGAAGCUGAGGCCUCUUUCCUGGAGAAAGGGGUCCAAGUCCCCAACAACUCAUUACAAUGUCUCUUAUUUGCAUAACACCUUUCAAGGUAGGUGGGACAAGGGUUUGGUCUCAGAGAGGAAACCGAGGCCCAGAGAACAAAGGGGUUGGCCUGAACCAAGGUGAAGACUGUCAGAAGCCCAGGGGCUGGCUUCCCCUUGGCCUCCCGUCCUCCCUGAGGCAGGGGCUAAGAGAGGGGGGAGGGGCUGCCUCUUUUCCUCCUUUGCCCCCACCCAGAUAUCCCAGAGUGCACCUGUGACCUUUGGGGGCCUCGAAGGGCCUACAGGGGCCACUCAGCAAGACAAAAGUGCAGCCACUCACCUGCCCAUGCUCUCAGAAGAGCGCCAGGUGGGAGCACCCCAGGGUCUCACCCCCCACCCCAUCCAGCCCUGCAGACCCCUGGGAGGACCUCGUCUAUCUCAUCCUCUCCUGCCUGCUUCAUCUCAGUGAUGCUCUGGUGCCCUGGGCUGCCAGUGGUAGCUAAAGAAGACCUCAGACUCAGGCACCCUUGGACACAGCACCUUCGACCUGGAGCACAUCUUAGAGGCUGCCCAGCCCUCCAUCCAUAAGGACAAGAGAGGAAGGGGUGUGGCCCCCCUAAGAGGGCCUCCCGCCCAGAGUGAUGUGGAAGCACUUCAAGGUCCCUCCCGAACACCUUCCUUGUCACCAGUUUGCCACUUUGCUCAGACACUUGUGACAGUGGGCAUGGGGGAGCGGGGGCCACAGGGGUGCGAGCCCAGAGCCCAGAGGCGAGCACGCAGCUGCAGGGAGGCUCCAAGGCUGCAAAGCCCUGCUGUUCUGCUCUGCGCUGACUCACCUUCCUUCUCCCACCUGCUCCCCUUCACAGCCCUCCCACCUCCCUUCCCCUCCCCUGCUCCCUGGCAGGCAGCUCCUCUGAUCUCUCACUUCACUCCCGGCUCCUGGCGGCACCGAGAUAGGGGGGAUCGCUGAAUCUGGGGGUGUAAGAACCUUAGAUAUAUAUCACUAGCUUGGAGUCACGAAAGGGGCCUUGAAGGAGUCGCCGAGCCCUUCCUGGCUCCAACCCAUCUCCCCUGAGGGGCCAGGAAGCGGAGGCCCUGCCCUGUCCCCUCUCUACCCUCCUUCAGUCACAGCCCCGGGACAUCUGGUGGGAGAAAGGGAGAGAGAGGUGAGGGCUCACCCAGCUGACAGCCUGCCCUCAUCCCGUCUAAAACCCCACCACUCGGGUCUAAUUCUUCUAGGUUCAUCUUUGCUUCCUCCUCCCCAGCUUCUGAGAAAACGCAUUUUCCUUAAUGAACGCAAAUUGCGUAAGGCAAAAUAGAAAAGAACCUAGAAGGCGUUCAACUCAGCUGUUUCACCUCGUCGAAUUCUCGCCUUAUCCUUGUUAGGCUUUAGUUAGAUCCCGUGGCUAUGAUCGAGCCCCUUCUUCCUGGAUCUGGUUUUUCUCACUGUAGCUUUUUCUGAGUACUGAUUUUCUUUUGGUAUUGAUGGGUUCUACACAUUUUCCAUUUUUUAUUUUUAUUUGUAUAAAGGGUCCUGUGGCCCAGCACUGCUGAGCAAAACCCUGGUGGGGGGAGGGGGUAGCUGAGGAUACUGGCUGAUUUAUUUAUUUGUUUGUCUGUUUGGGCCAUGCUGCGUGCGUGCAUGAUCUCAGUUCCUUAACCAGGGAUUGAACCCACGCUCUCGGCAGUGAAAGUGCAGAGGCCUAACCUCAUUUUCCAUUUUUAAUGACAGUAUAAUGUUCAUAAUGUUCAAUAUAAUGUUCAUAAAAUCAUAGAGGUCAGCGGGCCAACCCCUCGUUUACAGGUGGGGAAACUGAGGCCCAGAGGGGAAUAACCUUGAACCCCACUCUCCUGGACCCCAGCCCCGUGCCCUUCUCACCGCACCAACGACACACUUUGCAGGGUCCACUGCAAAGUGAAAAUGUGUGUCCGUUGUUCACAAGUCGGGAACACUGUGCCAUUAAAGGCACUAAAAAUCAAACUUUUUCCUUUCUUCAGAUUACCUCCUCUGCUCAUGUGCGUGCCACAUCAUCCCACUGGACUUCACUCAUAAAACUUACAAGGUCAAAGAUAAAAUGAAGAAUUUCAAGACAGAGACCACAGAGCACAUGAAGCCAGCCCUCUGAUGAGCCCUGUGGGCUUAAUCCUUCCCCUCCUGUAUCCAGAUGAACGUCAGCAUUUCUCCAAGAUACACAGCGCCGUGAUCAACAUCUUCGUGCCUUUUUUUUUUUUUUUUUUAAACUUUUUCUUCUUGUGGCUGUCUGCUCAGGCUAAGUACUAACAGAAUUCCGGACUGUGUUUGUCAGACCCUCUAAAAAUGCAACCGCCAGCAUCUGAACCUUUGCACAAGGAUGGUGUAGAGCUGGGUUCCCAGGAUUAGAAAAUGGAGAAGUUUCAAAACCAAGCUCCCCCUCCACAGCUCCUCCAGGGGCUCCCUGUGGAGACGGUGAGCGCAGAUAAGGAAGACCGGCCGGCAAUGGGCACAGCGCUGGUGCCAGGGCACAGAGCCAAGAGCAACAGCAUUUAUGUCAAUAUUUGUAGAGGAAAGAUCAUGAGUAUGAGAGCCAGGGGGUCCUGCCACUACCAGUUAGUAGCUUUGUGACUUUGGGCCAGUUGAUUUAUGUCUAGGAACCUGCUUCCUCAUCUGUUAGGAAGGGCCAUUCGUAUCUGUGUCACACGCUUGUUGUUUAGGUUAAAUGAGAUCUCAUACGUGACCAGGCAUAGCAUGGUCUUGGGCAUAUUACUGGAUCCAGAUAAGUGUCAGGGCUUCCCUGGUGGCGCAGUGGUUAAGAAUCAGCCUGCCAAUUCAGGGGACACGGGUUCGAGCCCUGGUCUGGGAAGAUCCCACAUGCCGUGGCACAACUAAGCCCGUGAGCCACAACUACUGAGCCUGCGUGCCACAACUACUGAAGCCCGUGCACCUAGAGCCUGUGCUCCACAACAAGAGAAGCCACCGCAGUGAGAAGCCCGCUCACCACAAGGAAGAGCAGCUCCCGCUUUCUGCAACUAGAGAAAGCCCGCGCGCAGCAACAAAGACCCAACACAGCCAAAAAUAAAUAAAUAAA